CUUGAGAUUUCUCUUAAAACUUCUCUCUCUGCAAGCCGUGCCCACAGGGUUUGCGUUGAAUGUUUUGGAAGCAGCAUGUGAGUAAAAUACUCAAGGGGUCGUAGAGCUGUCACGGCUUUGCUCUUACAGAGGCGAUUCCACAAGUGGAGGAAUGCAUCUUCCUUCCUCUCUGUUGCCUUUCCAUUGCUUUCUUUUUUCUUGUUUUCCUCCUGUUUUUUCAUUUCCUCCGGUUUCUGUUUGUGGUUUAUUCUGGUAAAACUCUGGCUCCCGGGUCUCCUGCCCUGGCCCUGCUGCGAAAGGAUUAGGGCAGGAAGCCAAAAGGGCAUCUGGGAUAAACAAGGCACCUAACGCCGUCUGUAUACUCCAGGUGCUCAUGUGGGUCUGUCUGUGAGAGCCGCAGUGGGGACGGGCCCGACAGCCCCUCUGCCAUGCAGGCAGCUGCCUUUGGGCCAUUAAGUUGUGACUAAUUGGAGAAAAAUGAAUUUGAAGAAAUGCGUCAUUUUUAGAAGUAAAAAUAACAAAUGGAACAUGAAAAGUAUUUAAAGUGACAUCAUCAGAGAAAUAAAACCAGAGCCACACAAUUGAUUGCCACUCUCGGAGGCUUUGCAAGCAAAAUAUGCCUCCGUCUCCUAAGUUAGGGGAAGCACCAGUACGGGGCUUCUCAGAGGACACUCGGCGUGAGUGAAGGUGAGUGAAGGUGAACUAUGGGACGGUCACUUCUAAACCAGACCCUCUGCUGGAUAUUCGUGCCUUUAUUCACUGGCUUUAUUUAUAUUUUGCAGCUACGGCUUCAGCAGAGAAGGACCCGCGAGCAGCUGGCAGACCAAGGCAUCAUGCCACCACUGAAAAGCCCAUCCUCAUUCCAUGAACAGCGAAAAAGUCUGGAGCGAGCCAAGACUGAAGAUUAUCUCAAGCACAAGAUCAGAAGCAGGCCUGAGAGAUCAGACCUGGUCAAUAUGCACAUUUUGCAAGACUCAGCUGCAGAGGGGUCCAUUCAGUCUACUCAAAUGAAGCUGAAAAGAGCCCGACUGGCAGAUGAUCUCAAUGAAAAGAUUGCUCUCAGGCCGGGUCCUUUGGAGCUGGUGGAGAAGAACAUUAUUCCUGUCGACUCCGCUGUGAAAGAGGCCAUAAAAGGCACCCAGGUCAGCUUCCCCAAGGCGGCGGACGCCUUCGCCUUCGAGGAGGACAGCAGCAACGACGGGCUGUCCCCGGAGCAGCCGCGGAGCGAGGGCUCCCCGGGCCCCGCCGAGCCGCCGCCGGCCGCCAAGGGCCCAGAGCCCGCCGCGGGCUCCGCGCCUCAGGACCAGCCCUGCAGCGCCGAUGGCCACGCACUGGACCCCGCAGUGGUGCAGGGCAUCCAGUGUGACAGCCCCAAGCAGCCGGCGGGGCAGGAGAGCCCCACGCUCCCGGUGCCCUCCGCCGUGAAGUCCAAAUCAGCGAGUGACAGCAAGAACCGUCACAAAAAGCCCAAGGACACCAAGCCCAAGGUGAAGAAGCUGAAGUAUCACCAGUACAUCCCUCCAGACCAGAAGGCAGAGAAGUCCCCUCCACCCAUGGAUUCUGCAUAUGCCAGACUCCUCCAGCAACAGCAGCUCUUUCUGCAGCUCCAGAUCCUCAGCCAGCAGCAGCAGCAGCAACAGCAGCAUUUCAGCUACCCAGGGAUGCACCAAGGCCAAGUAAAGCAAUCAAAUGAGCAAAUGGUCAAAAGUUCAAAUUCUUCAUCAACUGCUGUCAACACCAGCCCUCUUUCUCCUGUGAAAACCACCUUUUCAGGCCAGACUUGUGUCUCAUCAAUCAAGCCAGGCCCUCUGCCGUCAAACCUGGAUGAUCUGAAAGUGUCAGAACUGAGGCAGCAGCUCCGAAUACGAGGCCUUCCCGUGUCAGGUACCAAAACAGCACUGAUGGAACGGCUGCGGCCCUUCCAGGAGUGCGGCAGCAACGCAGUGCCCAGCUUCAGCGAGAUCACCACCGUCACCUUCCCCGUCACUCCAACCAGCACCCUGUCUAGUUACCAGUCGCAGUCCUCCACCAGCAUGUUAUCCAAUGGCUUCUACCACUUUGGCAGCACCAGCUCCACACCACCCAUCUCUCCAGCCUCCUCUGACCUCUCUGUGAGUGGCUCAUUGCCAGACACGUUCAACGAUGGGCCCAUGUCUUCUCCACAGUUUGGUCUCCAGCCUUCUCCAGUUCAUGGCAGUGCUGAAGAAAGCCUCAUGAGCAGCAUGAAUGGAGGGAGCAUCCAGCUGGAGCUGGAAGGGAUCGACACAGAGAAAGACAAAAUGCUGGUGGAGAAGCAGAAGGUCAUCAAUGAACUAACGUGGAAGCUGCAGCAAGAGCAGAGGCAGGUGGAAGAGCUACGGAUGCAGCUCCAGAAGCGAAAGAGAAAUAAUGGCCUUGAGGAGAAGCAGCAGCCCGCUCCUCAUUUCUUUGGUGUCCCCAUCAAGCAAGAAAACACAGUGUCCAGCUGUCCGUUUGCAUCCAAACAAACUGCCUUGAAAGGCCAAGCCAACAGCUCGGAUAAGUUGAGUAACUGUGGGGUGCCACAGCUGCCUCACAUUGUAAAUAGCCACUGCUUGGAGCCUGCAGGGCAAAGCACCAUCACCUCCUCGACAUUCCUGAGCCCGCAGUGCUCCCCCCAGCACUCCCCACUCGGGGCUGCAAAGAGCCCCCAGCACAUCAGCCUGCCACCCUCUCCCAACAGCCACUAUCUCCUCUCGGUGUCCCCCAGCUCAGAAGGGCGCAGUGGGUCCCCGCAGGCCAGCAGUUGCCUUCGCACAGCACCGAUGCCUACGCAGGCAGGUCAAAAGUUUUCUAUUCCAUCCCCAACUUUUUGUAAGUCAAGCCCAGCCCUCUCAGAGGUAAAGCAGCCUCCACCCUAUGAGGAUGCAGUAAAGCAGCAGAUGACACGAAGUCAGCAGAUGGACGAGCUCCUGGACGUGCUGAUCGAGAGCGGAGAAAUGCCAGCCAAUGCCAAGGAAGAUCAGUCCUGCCUCCAGAAAGUACCUCAGAUAACGGUGUCUACAGGGAACUCCAGCACCGCGCUCCCCAAGGCAUCGGCCCCGUUUGAGCAGGUCUCCUCAGCCCAGCUCCCCUUCGAGCACUGCCCGGGCAGCGGUGACGCUCACCUCGAGGUGCUGCUGAGCGCCCACAGCCCCCUGGGCAGGGUCAGUGAAAUCGCCCUGCUGAAGAUGGGGGCAGAGGAGUCCCACUUUGAAGGGAUGAUGGAGGGGUUCCCCGGCAAGGCCGCCGAUGAACUGCUCCCCUCUCAGGAGAUCUUACAGCCUCCCCUCUCGCCCAUGGACACCCAGCUCUCCCCUUCCCCUGCCGACGGCGCCGGUUUACAGAUGAGCUUCACUGAGUCUCCAUGGGAAACGAUGGAGUGGCUGGACCUGACCCCCCCCAGCUCCGCCACCGGCUUUGGCUCGCUCACCCCAGUGGCUCCCAGCAUCUUCAACAUUGAUUUCCUAGACGUUACCGAUCUCAACCUAAACACCAGCAUGGACCUGCACCUGCAGCAGUGGUGAGAGGGAGGGUGGUGGAGGCAGGACGCAGCAGCCAGCACAGUGUUCCUGUCAUUCCGGAGAACGCGCAGGGCGAAGGUGCCACAUCCAGGGGAAACUGGAGUCAUUUUCCCAGCGUAUAAACUGAAUUUCCAGUUAUGGCCAAUCGACAGCACAGUUGCUCUGGUAGCUUGGUUUUCCUCCAUCGACACGUCCCCACAGAGGACAGCAGUGCCUUUAAUGCUUCUUUAGAUUGAAAAGAACUUUGGUUCUCUUUCUUUUCUCUUUCCCCCUCCCCAGUUUUAGCAGCCACUCUUGUGAGAACUGGAGCAGCUCAUGACAAAACUCUGUGAUGAGGAGACCUCACCUUGGUGGCAACAGGAAAUCUUGGAGAGGAUAGCCUGUUGCUGCCCUCUCCUCCUGCC